AUGGAUCAGAUCCUGAAGGGGCUCCAAGGUGUUGUGAGCAUAGCUGGUGACUUAGCGGUCUAUGGAGCAAAUGAAGAAGAGCAUGAUAUGAACCUGAUCAACAUGAUGGAACAAGCAGCCGAGCUGGGUAUUGUGUUUAACAGUGAAAAGUGCACAAUAAAACACAACAGUAUCUCGUUCUUUGGCAACCUGUACACCGACAGAGGCAUCAGGCCAGACCUGGCCAAGAUCAGGGACAUACAAAAAAUGCCAACACCCCAAAACAAAGAGGAUCUGCACAGAUUCAUGGGAAUGCUGGCCUACCUCUCACCCUACAUACCAAAGUUUGUGGAUAAGGCCCACACCUUGAGAGGGUUGCUGAAAAAUGAAUCACCAGGGUUAUGGGACACUGACCACCACAAGUGCUUUGAGGACCUGAAGAUAACAGUAACCGAGGAUGCCUGUCUGAAAUACUUUGACCAAAACACACCCCUAGCCCUCGAGGUGGAUGCAUCUCAGAAAGGCUUGGGUAUAGCCCUGGUGCAGAACAACAGACCCAUUGCCUUUGGCUCAAAAACACUAACUGACUGCUGGUCAAAAUGCAGCAACAUAGAGCGAGAGAUGCUAGCCAUUGUGUAUGGGAUGCAGCGAUACCACACUUACCUGUAUGGGAAGUCUUUCCUCGUGAUAACAGACCACAAGCCACUUGUCACCAUAUGUGCAAAGCCGCUGUAUGCUGCACCACCCCGGCUCCAGCGCAUGCUGAAAAAGACACAGGGAUAAAAAUAUCAAGUCACAUACAAACCAGGGGAGUAUUGCACAAACCAAGAUAAGGGAUUAAGCCGGGAUAUGUUGGUUAUCCUGGCUGAAUUUAGCCUCAAGUCGGUUGCAUGAAAGCAGGUCAAAUUUAACCUGGUCAAGUUACUAUGGUGAUUUAUUUUCUGCAGCUAGCCUGCUCCAGACUAGGCUAACAACUAGUCUAAGAUUAAUCCUAGUGAUUCAUCUGGUAGUUUGACUGUCAAGCCUGUGAGAAAUUAGUGUUUCACAGCAUUUUCAUGCUCUUUCUAAAUAUGUUGCAUCAUUGUAAUUGUCCUGCAUUCAAAUUUUACAGAUAUAUUGUAAUUUGUCAUUUUAUUGAAGUCUGUUGACUGUCUUUUAAAUUAAUUAAUGUGGCAUAAUGUUUACUGUCAGCUCUAGUGUUAUAUUGCUAUGCAAAGGAAGACUGCUUGUCAAAUUGCCAUCUGAGGUUUGAUGAAUUUGUGUAAUAUUAAAGUUAUUGAGAUUAGAAAAAAUGGCUGAUGAGGUAGCAAAGGUGGUUUCAAUUCAGUCUGUGGCGAGGGCAGUAGUAUAUAUAGGUCCAACUCCCAUUCACCUGUUUCCUCUUCAUCAUGUCAUGCCCUUUUUUGGAGGAUGUUUUGGACGAGGAAGCCCUAAUCCUCAGACGAGCAUUUAGGCGGCAAAGAGUGUUCUGGGACAGGUCAGACCAAUUGGCCUUCGGAAAAGAAUAUCUCAUUGAGAGAUAUCGCUUCUCUGGUGAUGGACUCUGAUAUUUAUGUAGGCUGCUGGGUCCUAAAAUUCAGCACCAGACAGGACGAAGCCAUGCCCUCAUCGUACCACAGAUGGUUUGUGUGACAUUGAGGUUCCUUGCGAGCGGGAGCUUCCUGUAUUCUGUUGGGGAUGCAGAGAACCUCAAUAAAGGAACAAUUUGCCGCACAAUAAGACGUGUUUGUCUGGCACUGAAGGCACUCACACAUAUAUUCAUCACCUUCCCUGGCGACAGAAGACCCCUCUACAUCAAGGAGGAGUUUUAAAGGUUGCAGGUAACAUCCAUUGCAACCACUACUUUCAAAUUUCAUCAGGCACAACUGGAUACUCACUAUUUUUGUUACAGCCUUCCCUAAUGUCAUUGGUGCAAUAGAUUGCACCCAUGUGAGAAUUAAACGCCACUCAGGGGAACAUCAGGGGGAUUACAUCAACAGGAAAUCCUUCCACAGCAUCAACGUUCAGGUGAGAGUUUUUUGUGGUUACUCUGACCUACAUAAAUUACUUAUGUGCAUUAAAGGACCGUAA